AUGAUUUUCAACACUCAGGUCGCAGUCGCCGCACUGCUUGCUUCCAGCUUCGCUGUUGCCAUGCCCUACGACAGCUGGGGUUCCAGCAGCAGCAGCAGCAGUAGCACCAAGGAAGUCAAGACCACUCCCUCCACUAGCAGCACCUGGGUCGCCACCACCUCUACCAAGAAGACUGAGUCAAAGACCACCCCUACCACCAGCCCCUCUACUUGGAAGACCACCGAGUCCUCCAAGACCACUAGCAAGAGCUCUUCCAAGUCUAGCAGCUCGAGCUACUCGACCUCCAAAUCCAGCAGCUCUUCCAAGAGCAAGUCUUCGUCCACCAGCGUUAGCACUUCUUGCACGACCAAGUAUGAGACUUCGACCUCCACUGGCUACUUGACCACCGUCACCUACUCUGCAACCACCGUCUACGUUCCCUCUGUCAGCACUUCCACCUACCUUUCGACCUCUACUUAUGUUUCUACCGGAUACACCACUGUCGUCAAGCCUACCACUGUCACUGAGACUAAACCUGUCGUCACUGAGAAGACUACCUGGAGCACCUACGUCGUGACCACUUCCAAGCCCGUCGUCAUCCCCGAGACAACCUACAAGACCGAGACCGAGACCAGCGUCGUCGCCGAAACCAAGCCUGUUGAGCAGACCGAAACAAAGACUGUUACUGGAACCAAGACCGUCACUGUCAGCAAGCCCGAAGUCGAGAGCAAGACCAUCACCAUCACCAAGCCUGAGACCAAGACAUACAUCUCUGGCAAGCAGAUCUGCACCACCAUCCCUGUCUACGGCGGUGGUGGUUACGGUGGCUGGUAA